UAUAUGAAUUGCGUCUUGAAUGAGGGGGAGAGGGAGAGAUGGACUGAAUUGGAGUCUGCGGAGUCCGUUGGCAGUGACUGAAUCUUUGUUUGCUAUUCUUUAUUGAUGCCAAUUUGAGAAGUGGAGUUUUGGGUUGUAUUGAUUAUUUCUUGCUUUUGUAAUUGGGGGUGUGAACAGGGAGGAAGGGUGGUGAGUGUAGAGAAUGGAUGGUGGGAAUGUUGGUUGUUCUUCGAGUCACAGGCGAUCAAAAAGAUGGAGAUGAUGCCCAUCUUGAGCUUGUAAUGGAACAUGCUUGGACUAAAACUGAAAAGACUUCAUUGCUCUUAUUUGAUUUUAAGUGCCGCUGACAGGAUCUCCGAGUUAGCAAGGCAUGGAACUUCAUAUUCCAUGGGAGAAGAUAUUAAUGACUAUAAGAAUUUAAUGAAGUCGAGUAAGCCUCAGGGAACAUCGGAGGUUGCUCAUCAAAAUAACGUUUGUGAUGCUGCAUUGAAUCAUCGGACCUCCCUCGAGAAUGAUAUAAAACUACUCCAAGUGAAUUUGCAGCAAGAGAAGUCAGUCCGUGUUAUGCUUGAGAAAGCAAUUGGUCGAGCUUCCAGUACUUUAUCUCCUGGGCAUAGGCAUUUUGCUACUCAGACAAGAGAACUAAUAGCUGAGAUUGAGUUCCUGGAAGAGGAGAUUGCAAAUAGGGAGCAGCAUGUACUUUCCCUCUACAGAAGUAUGCUUGAUCAGUGUCUUAGCGCAUCAACAUCAGCACAGAGUUCAGGCAGAACUUCACCUGCUCAGACAAAGAAUGGAGGAAGAAAGCACCCGAGCAUAAUUUCAAGUGCAUUUUGCUCCUCAAGAAAAUUCCCGUUGCACAGUUUCCAAGUACUGAGUACCAUAAAAGAAUCUAAGAAGGGUAGUGUGUUUGUCAAGCCUAAGGGCAAACAUGAACAGAUAUCAACUAUGAAAACAAGCACACAUGGGGGAUGCAACACUUCAGAUUUUAAGUUACCUACUUUCGGGGGGAGUCGCUUGGCUCGUACUCUAAAAGAUCAUCUCUACCAAUGCCCAAGCAAGUUAUCUGAAGAACUGAUCAGAUGCAUGGCUGCCAUUUAUUGUUGGCUACAAACAGAUGCAUCCACAGACGCAGAAAAUGGUCGCUCGCCAUUCUUGUCGAGGUCAUCCACCAAUGUUAUUCUUCCCCGAAGAGGUGCUGGAGAUGAGAAAGUAUUGUCUUGCAGACCUAUGGUAGAAAUAUCUUCGAUAUCCAUUGACAAAAAAAAGUUCUCAAGUGCAUCAUAUGCCAUAAACAGCUACAGAUUACUGGUGGAAAAUUUAGAAAGAGUAGAUGCUAGCAUGUUGGAAAGUGGCGCCAAAUUGGCGUUUUGGCUGAACGUGUACAAUUCUCUGAUUAUGCAUGGCUAUUUAGUAUAUGGAAUUUCUCACACUUCUUUACGAAGGCUGGCAUUAUUUCACAAGACUGCAUAUAACAUCGGAGGGUAUGUUUUCACUGCCAACUCCAUAGAGCACUGCAUUCUGUGCUGCCAUACACCUCGAAUUGGCCGUUGGUUUGAAAGUAUACUUUCGAACGCAAUGAGGAAGAAAUCCGGAGAAGAAAAACAGCUUCUUGAAUCAAAAUUUGGUCUUUGUAGAUCUCAACCUCUUGUUUAUUUUGGCUUAUGCACUGGUGCUGCUUCUGAUCCAAUGUUGAGAGUCUACACUGCCAAGAAUGUCAUCGAUGAAUUAGAGAAGGCGAAGAAGGAGUUUCUUCAAUCCAAUGUGGUUGUUAAAAAAUCAAGGAAAGUUUUUCUGCCGAAGAUUCUUGAACGAUAUGCAAAAGAGACAAGUUUGAGCUCCGGUGAACUUCUUACAUGGGUGCUCGAGAACAUCGAUAAGAAGUUGCACGAAUCUGCUGAUCCUAAAAACAAGAGAAAGGCAUCGCAAGUGAUCGAAUGGUUGCCAUACAACACAAGGUUUCGCUACGUUUUGAGCACGGAUUUUGCUGAAAACCAGUGAUCAUCUAAAUUUCUGCUACUAGUUUUCAACAGUUGUUCUGCGUUGUGUGUGUAUAUAUAUACUUGCGGGGAAAAAUGGAUGCAUUUGUACACUAAUGCAUAUCAUCUUCGUGUUUUCUGCGAUA